AGAUUCCAGAUUCUACGGCUACAUCCUACUGAAUUCGUCGUCGUCCGUACAUUACUAAUUGCUAUUACUCCGUGAGUUGGUGUGGUCGCAAAGAAAACGGAAAAACCGUAUAUACAUUUUCAGUCUUGAAAUUGCUUGGAUAAAUAAUGGCAAAUGCAGAAUCACUUGCAGAAGUAACUGACGUUGUACAAAUUCUUCGACAAUGGGAAGAAGAACAUAAUUCACCAAUGUAUGACCCUAUUCCUGUUCUUCAGAGAUUAGCUGAUAUAAUAGAACUUGAGACAGAGAAUUAUAUGAAGAUGGAUCCAGAUCCGUUUGAUGAAAGGCAUCCCUCGCGCACUGAUCCGGAAUGUAAUUUUGGGCAUAUAUUAAAAGUUUUAUUCAGAAAGGAUAACUUUAUGACAAAGUUAAUAAAUGACUAUUUGAGAGACACAUACUGGUCUCGUGCAGGAAUAACUGGAAGAGACGUCAGAAAGUUGAACAUCGCCGCUUGCCGUUUGAUGCUAGACAUACUUCCAGGAUUAGAAACAUCAGCUGUAUUUCAACCAGAUAUGGAGGGCCUUAUACACAGAUUAUUCUCUUGGUCGGAGAAAAGUGUCGAACCGUUACAGAGCUACUCAACUGGUCUUUUGGCAGCUGCCAUGGAAGUUCAAGAUAUUGCUACAGGAUUUAGAGAUCAGAACGCUAAGAUGGUACCAUUGAUGCUGCAACGAUUACAUAAGUUACAGCAGAAAGCGCAUGAAGAUCGCCAGCAGAAAGCGCACGAAGAUCAUCAGAAGAAUGCCAGACCGUUCGCUCAUUUCGGACAAGAUAAAAACAGCAUUGUCGAUCUCGACGAUAAAGCCAUCCCUGGGAAACACAAAGCGCGAGAAAAGUGGCGAAAAAACGGAAUUGCAAAGAAGCAGGAGCUUUCUUCCGACGAGGAUGACUCCACGCACGAUGAUAUGCCAGCCAUCAAAAAGAAAAGGAGCAAUUCAGGUUGCGAAACGCCUGUGAAAAAUAGUGAUUUAUAUCCCGAAAUCAUGUCCCCGCCUCUGUAUGUUCCAAAAACUACGAACAAUUCCAUUAAUUCAGGGGUGACACCAUCCAAACAGAGCAGUUUGCAAUUCACGAGGAUUGCAAACGUACCGGCAUCCGUCAGAUGCAAUUUACAAAAGUUAUGUAAUUCGUCUCAGAAUUCCAGCACGUUGCUGGAGGGGAACUCGAAUUCAUCAUGGGCCGAAAUGGAAUCGUAUGUCAUUGGUAAUGUUCAAAUGCAUCCUCCUACUUUAGCUACUCGACAGAUGUUAAUCCUACGUUACUUGACACCUAUGGGAGAAUAUCAGGAAUUCCUAGGUCAUGUAUUUGAACAUAGCGCUCUGGAUUUGAUACUGAAAUAUAUUAAUGUACGAGAGACCAAAGAUAGCAGGCUUGCUUUCGAAGCCCUUAAAUAUCUCGCGUCCCUGCUGUGUCAUAAGAAGUUUUCGAUUGAGUUUCUCAACGUUGGCGGCUUACAACGGCUGUUAGACGUGCCGAGACCGAGCGUUGCAGCAACAGGUGUGUCUAUAUGUCUGUAUUAUCUUGCGUACUGCGAAGACGCUAUGGAACGAGUGUGUUUAUUGCCAAAACACAUAAUAUCCGAUCUUGUAACUUAUGCAUUGUGGUUACUGGAACGCAGUCACGACUCCGGACGAUGUCAUGCGACUAUGUUCUUUGGUUUUUCUUUUCCAUUCAAAGUCAUAUUGGAAGAAUUUGAUGCACAGGAUGGCUUGAGAAAAUUAUUUAAUGUGAUAUCUACAUUACCAAUCUUAAACGUUGAAGAAGAAUCAACUAUAAAUGACGAUGAAGAAUGUGCAUCGAGGCAAAUUGUGCGACAUGUCGCUGUUGCUUUGAAAAGAUACAUGGAAGCACAUUUGCAUAUGAAAGCAGAACAAUUACAACGGGCAGAAAAUGUUAGAGCUGAACGCGAUACAUGGCAGCCUUCAUUACCACCUUAUAAGGCUUGCAAACUUAGUAGCGAAGAAGUUCAAGCAAAGGUAGAACUACUUCAAGAAUUAAUGUCAGUCAGAGCAGUGUGGCCGCCGGUGGAAGAACUUCAUCGUUUGGGUGGUAUCACAUUGCUCUUGCAAAUCAUAGCGUUUGCUCGUGAGUGGAAUUACAGCGGACGGGUACAUGCCACAUCCAGUGCAGAGACAGUUCGAUCAUGUUUGGAUGUAAUCGCAAUUUGUUCUGUUGUGCCUAAAGUUAUGUUGCUGCUAUGCGAAAGAGUUGAUAUGCCAGAUAUGUCAAUGACAAUGGCAAUUAAUCUCUUGCUAGCUGCAGCUGAAUGUGAAAUUAUUGCAGAUGCUGAUGUACAGAGAGCAGCACUUAGAGCUGUAAUUAAUUGUGUAUGUGCUCCCAUAAACAGAGUUGGAGGAAAUGUAGCCAGAUAUUCCAUAACUGGAUCUGCUAAGAAAAAGGCAAACAUGCACAACAGUGAAGAAUUAAUACAGAAAGUAUGGGAAAGCGUUAGGUCAAACAACGGAAUAAUGGUAUUAUUGCAAUUAAUGAUGGUGAAAACGCCUAUCACUGAUGCUGACAGCAUACGAGCAUUAGCGUGUCGUGCGUUAGCUGGAUUAGCACGUAGUGAGAAAGUUAGGCAGAUUAUUAGCAAGCUACCAAUGUUCACAAAUGGUCAAAUUCAAUCACUUAUGAAAGAUCCUAUUUUGCAAGAGAAACGACAAGAACAUGUCACUUUUCAAAAAUAUGCUCUUGAAUUAAUGGAAAGAGUUUCUGGUAAAGCAAAACCAACAGGCGCAGAAUAUGAAAUUUCCUUAGUUAGUUUACACAGGGCGAAUGUUGUAGCACAAACAAGGAUACAAUAUAAUGAACAACAACUUAAUCAGUUAAUAUAUCAGCAUCUCGUUUCGAAAGGUUUGAUUGAAACGGCUAACACAUUGCAUAGAGAAGCAAAUUUGGAAUCAUCUACAAUUUUGAGAUCUACAAUAACAUAUCAACCGUUUACAUACCGAAAUCCUACAAAUGUAACUCCAAGAAAUAGUUUUUCUCCUGGUGCCCCUGUCAACUUGUACAACACAAGCAGAUGUACACAAAGAGAACCCAGAAAUAAUGCCACUCCCACAUCAUCGUCUCGAUUUAUAUCUCAUACAGGAGCAUGCACUGGUUCACCAUCUGUAAAUAAUAAUAUCCGAUUAAAACUUACAGACUGCCUAAAUCAAAAUGUUAUUUCGAACAAUGUGAAUCAACCUAUUAAACUACAAAUUAAUCAGAAGAAAUCAUUGUCAUCCGAUAGACAACCUCUAGUCAUCCCAACGAGUUAUCAAUCUAUGACUCAACCAAUCAGUUGUAGAUCUUUACAAAAACAGAUUUCCAGAGAUCCUGGAGGUGGUGGAGGACCUGGUGUAGCUACUUCCAGUGUAUCUGUUACUCUUGAUUCUAUUAUUACAGAAUAUUUAACCAAUCAACAUGCUCUUUGUAAAAAUCCUAUGGUAACAUGUCCACAAUUUAAUCUUUUUGAGCCACAUAAGUGCCCAGACCCAUGUACAAAAAAUUCUUCACCUACAAACGUAACAGUGAGAUUAGCAAGGCGAGCAUUAGGAAUGGAUAGUAGAACAUUAGAUAGAAGAUACAUUUACAGCCGUUUUUGUCCUGUAAAAACUUUUCGGCCUACUGACGUAGGAGGAAUAUUUACUUGUUGUACUUUCUCGCCUUGUACACAAUAUCUCAUUUUGGGCACCCAUGCUGGAGACAUCAAAAUGUUCAAUAUUCAUACAGGCAUGGAGGAGGCAACUUAUCAAUGUCACGAAUCAUAUGUAUAUCACAUGGAAUGUAAUCAACGUGGUAAUCUUUUAUUAACAUCAACUGCUUGGAGAAGUCCUAUGUCAGCACUCUGGGAUAUAGGAGCGUUUUUCGAAAUGAAAUUACCUUUAGAGAAUGAAGAUUAUGUUGAGUUCGGAAAGUUGCAAGAUAGAAUAAUUGGCACACAAGGAGAAAGCGCGACGAUAUAUGAUAUAGGAACUGGAAAAUUAUUAACAACUUUGACGCCAUCAAUUUCAAAUCAAUACACUAAGAAUCGUGCAACUUUUAGUAUGAAUGAUGAAUUGGUUCUUAGUGAUGGCAUAUUGUGGGACGUUAAUUCGGGCAAGGAAAUUCAUAAAUUCGAUAAAUUGAAUCAAACUUUAAACGGAGUUUUUCACCCAAAUGGAACCGAAGUUGUGUCUAAUACUGAAGUAUGGGAUUUGAGAACAUUUCAUUUACUUAAGACAAUUUCUACUCUUGAUGAAAUGGAAGUGAUUUUUUCACCGGUCAACAAUAUUAUAUAUGCAGUUGCGUUAGAUGUACAAGAGGCUGAAAGCGAUUCUCACUAUGUGACUUCUUUUAAGACUCUAGAUGCUUUAGAUUAUAGCAAUAUUGCAACUUGCGAUGUAAAAAGAGGAAUUUAUGGCCUUGCAUGUAACAAAUAUGACACUCAAAUUGCCAUAGUGGAAAAUAUAGGAGAUUUCUCGAGCAUACAGGAAUCAUGCGUUAGAUUAUAUGAUGUUGGAAGACGAAGAGACGAUGAAGAUGAAGCUGAUGAGGAUGAUGAAGAGGAGGAUCUUGAUGCUAGUGAUGAUGAUGGUUCUAAUUCUGCAUCUGAUGAUAAUAAUGCAGAUGAUGGUGAUAAUGCAGAUGCUGGUGCAGAAGACAAUGGCGAUGAUAACGAUCAGAAUGACAGGGAAAAUAAUGAUGAUGAUGGCGAUGAUGAAGAUGGCGGAGAUGGAGAUGAUUCUGGCGACGAUAGUGCAGAUUACGAUCCUAGUGUCGACAUUCACGAUCUCUCCGAUGAUUUUUCUUUAUCCGAUGAUGGACUAAUGGAUGGUUUCGAGAUAUUUUUUCGAGAAUAUCAUUAAUAAUCCCUUGUGUAUACACACACAUGUACACAUGCAAUACAUACACAAAAUAAGUAUUAUAAACAAAAUUUCAUUACAAUAUAUCUCUCACACAUACACGCACACACACACACAACAUAUACAUUAUUUGCACUCUUUAAAUGUAUAAAUAUUUUCAAUUGAUUUAAUAUUGUAAUUUGAAUACUUCUGUUCGUUUUACACGAGAAUAUAAAUAUGUGUCUGUACUUUUAAAAUUACAGAUGUGAUUGAUUGUAAAUGAUUAUUGCCAGCUUUUUCUUUGAUUAUUGAAUAAAAACCUGUUAUAUAUUCUUUUCAAUCAAAUCUUAAAUAUCUGUCUGUGAUCAAAAUAUUAACUGAUAUGAUAUAUACAUGAAUGUUGUCUAUCAUGUGUUUGAAGCAAUGUGAACCGAGGUAAAAGAUAAAAUACUUGAGAAGAAUGAGAGUUUAAGAUAACACGCAGCAAAUUUACUCUUCAAUUUUGCCACGAGUUUUGGAGACAAGAAUAAAAAAUAUUGUAGAGAGCUUUGAGAUAAUA